AUGUUUCGCUAUGGCAAGGGAAAUCCGCCCGAAGCCGCCCACUCACACGAUUUCGACAAUGACGAGGAGCAGGGCCAUUCAUUCGCCUUUGGGUACUACUCGCGCGGACGGAUCACCGACCUUUCUGGCCAGGCUAUACCCGUUAAUCCGCGCCUGAACGAGAGCGCCUCAGCACGCGGUUGGCCCGUUUUCCCUUUACUGAAUCCGUUCUUCACAUCGGAGCCCACUUUGGAAACUGACGGCGGACCGCCCCCCCAGUCCGUCGAGCGACAAGAAGAAAAGAUGGAGCAUGGGAAAGAAGAGGGUCUUUCCGAGCACUGGGUCUGCCUGGGUCAGCAGGGCGAACGCCAGCAUUGA